CUCUCAUCCCAAGUCCUGACCAUGGCCUGCUGCUCCACUAGCUUCUGUGGAUUUCCCACCUGCGCCACCAGUAGGAAUUGUGGCUCCAGCUGCUGCCAGCCCAGCUGUUGCCAGACCAGCUGCUGCCAGCCCAGCUGCUGCCAGACCAGCUGCUGCCAGCCAACCUGCUGCCAGCCAACCUGCUGCCAGACCAGCUGCUGCCAGCCCAGCUGCUGUGGGACCAGCUGUGGCACUGGUGGUGGCCAGGAGGGUGGCUGCGGAGCUGUGAGCUGCCGAGUCAGGUGGUGCCGCCCUGACUGCCGCGUGGAGGAUACCUGCCUGCCCCCAUGCUGCGUGGUGAGCUGCACGCCCCCAACCUGCUGCCAGCUGCACCAUGCCCAGGCCCCCUGCUGCCGCCCAUCCUACUGUGGACAGUCCUGCUGCCGCCCAGCCUGCUGUUGCUACUGCUGCCAGCCCAGCUGCUGCCAGCCCACCUGCUGUGAGCCCACCUGCUAAAAGAAAGGCUGCUGAUUUCCAGUUGCCCAGAAUACAGUAUCUCUGAAUAGCGUAUCUCCUCAACCACCCUGGACCAUCACAAGUUCUUAGACUUCCACUUGUGUUUUUGUUAUGGGGGCUACCAAGUAUAUGAGUUUUAGCUGAUUUCAUUCUGUAGUAGAUACCCUGACCAUCCACUGCAAACACGGGAAUGCUGUGAACCUACCAGCUGACUAUCAAAAUGCUUUAGAUAUCUAUUUCUGAUUUUUUUUGCAGGCUUGAAAAUUACUGAUAUACUGUAGAAUUAACCCUUGAGAACUACCCACAACUCUAAUUCUUCCCUGCUUUAUAAUCUAUUCUUAGCUCUGUUUACCUAGCAUUUUUCUAACAUCAAAAGCACCAGAAUAUAGCCAAGUGACUUUUCUCAGUUGUCACCAGAAAGAAUGGAAGCUCUUCACCCAACAUUCAUCCUCUAAGAAGUAGGCUAGACUUUUUCUUAGUUCAACAUCUGGUUCCAUCCCUUUUUUUGCAAGGGGGAGGGGAUCAUAAUGAUCUUGCCUGUUGGCUAUUUCAAUUACAUUUCUCAUACAGUAUUCUC